AUGGCCCAGGUGCAGUUCAAGGCCUGGCUCAUCCUCUGUGUUUUUGCUGGAUCCCAGAGGCUGACAGAUGAACAUCCUCGCAGCAGGGACGGUGCCGGUGCCAACACACCCCGUCGCGGCCCAGAGGACGCCGACGUCAUGUUAGAGAUGCUCUGGGCAGGGCUGGAUAUUCAGGCCAACAGGACAAUCCGGCUGCGGGACGAAGAGCUGACCUCCCUGCGUCCCGUGCGGUGGUUCAUGCAGGUUUUAGAGGUUGAAGUUCCCAAAACACCGAUAGAGAUCGAGCAGCAUCUGAGAUAUUAUUCACUGACCGAUACCCCCUUGCCUCUAACAGAGUUUGACCGUCUCCUUUUCACCGGUGUUUACUGUGCCUAUCAGGUUCGCUCCACACAGGGUCUAGAUAAAAAUCUCUGGAUUCGUUUUUUCUCUCAGCUGGUCGAUGAAAUCUUUCGUGACCUGUGCAAGGGGCUCUGCCCUGCAAAUACCACCCUUCUCCUGGCUUCCUGGCCCUGGAAGGAGAAGCCGUCACAUUUAGCAUCCCUGAAACAUUUCUAUCGUUCUAACCUGGCCAGGACCAAGAGAGACACUGAAUAA